AUGUCAGCUCAUAUCUGGAACAUUGGUUUAUUUAAAAGAAUCAAUAACAAUGAAGCAGAGUGCAUUAAAUGUAAGGAAAAUGGAGAAACAAAAUAUUUGUUUAAACUAUCUGAUCGGAGUGUUAAGAGCCUCAUAGGACAUGUACGAAGCAAAAUACAUAAAGAUUCUGAAAAUGCAAAACAAUUCGAAAGGCUCGUGAACAAAGAACAGAAAACUGUAGAAGAUUCAAUUGACAAAUAUUUUCAGCAGCAUAGCAGUGGGAAUCUCAGUCAAUUAGACAAAAAAGUAAUUAAUUUGAUUGCAUGUGAAAACCUUCCAUUCCGUUUGGUGAAUAGUCCUUGGUUUCACUCCAUUGUUAAUCAGAACUGUGAAAAAUUGAAGGAUGAAUCACACUAUCGCAAGUGUUUACCCGACGUCUAUGCUGCGGUUAAAUUACGAAUUACAAGUGAACAAUUCACAGGAACCCGUUAAUGAUGAGGAAAUUGAUAUUGAAAUCAAAAAAUACUUAGGUCAAGGGUGUAUUGAUCAAAAUGCCGAUCCAUUGGAAUGGUGGAGUAUUAACGCUGGAACUUUUAAAAACCUGGCGCAAGUUGCAAAAAAGUAUCUUACCGCUCCCUCGGCAAGCAUCGCUAGUGAACAGUUAUUCAGUACGGC